UCAUACUUGAGCCAAAAACGAUUAAAUUUUAAAAUGGAGUGAUUUAUUUAUAGCUUCAACCGGAUGUUAAACCUAAAACCAAAAAAAUUAAGUUUGGUUUUGCUGGAUUUGCGCGCUAGCCAACUGCGCCACCACCCCGAUACUCAACCUCUCUAUAUCAAACUAAUAAAUAACCUAAGCUCAGUUUGGUUUUCCUCUCGUGGGAAGAACUCCUCUCCUGGAUACGAUUCUCCACAGCAUCAGCCCCAUCCACCAUCAGGAAGCUAGCGACUCAGUCCAUGAUCUACAACAUUUGGAGGCAGCGCAACUCGGCAGUUCAUCUCACUGGAUUCUCCCCGCAGCAGACAACAUUCGCCACCAUAGACAGGGAUAUCCGUAAUGCCAUCAGUGCGAGAAGACAUAGGAGAAAAUUCACUACUCUUAUGCAACUUUGGAUUAGAUAGUUGCAACUUUCUGAUCUAACAAUCAUGUGUAUACCUUGUUUUUUAUUUCUUUUUUGCCAAGGUAUCACUUUUAGACUUUUGUAACCCUAAAUUUUCAUUUUAUGAUAUUCACAGUUUAGCAAAAAAAAAAAAUAACCUAAGCUCUGUUCCAAAUCACAUUCUUCUACGUACCGGUUGCCUGAAAGGUAUCUAGUAAUGUCACUUUUAAUAGGAGAAUGAAACAACGCUGAUGCUUUGUCUGCAUGCACGCACGGAUCUAUCGUCGUCAAAGACGUUGUUCUGAGCAGAACAUUCGGUCAAGAUAAUAACGUCUCUUGAGUUAUCAGCUUUUGGGUGAUCCAUCGUGUCAAACCUUAUACUAGAUAAUGUACCUCACUAAACAUUCAUAAUAAUAAUGUUACAAAUUGUAACGUACAAUAAUUACCAUUUUUAUUUUUAAAAUAUAUAGUUCGUGCAACCAUCAACAUUACAUCCAAUCAUUUUAUUGUAUUCAUUUCAUAGUCUCCAUGAUAUUAAUAACUUCAUCAUUCGUUUAUAAUCUCCAAAACAUUUUUUGUGUAUUUUUAAAUACAACUUGCACAUGAAAUGUGAGGCAUACUGCACACAAACAUGAGAUGGACACCAUUUUCAUAUUUAUUACAUUAAUUAAACAAUAGUUUAAUCGUCUAUAUUAAGACAAAUUCAGAAAACUAACACCUGAAGAAUCUGUUUUCUCCUUCCAAUUUUCUCGACGGUUUUGGCGUUGUUUUUGUUUUUCUUGAUCUGGGUUUUGUUAGAUCUUGAGGUUGAAAACAUAAUAAGGUCAAGAUUAAAAAAAACCUAAGGGUUUUUUGGGAAAGAAGCAACCGUUGUUGUGUAUGAAGGAUUCUUCUAAGGUUUGCUUUGCUUUAUCUCAAUAUACCCACGUUUAUUUUCCAGAUAAAUGUUUCUUUUAUCUGAAAAUACCCUCUCUUUUUUCUUGUCAACGCAGACAUUUGUUGAUUCUUAAUCACAAAAAGAAGAAGGAAAAAAAAAAAGAGAGAUCGAAGUUUUCUAGAGAAAGAGUUCUUAGAGAAGAGAUGAAUUGCUUUUCAUGUUUUCAUUUCCAUGAAAAGAAAAAAGCUCCCAGAGAUUCUGAAAGCAGCCGCCGGAGAAAUGGUGAGUUGACCGGUAGAGACAACAACAAAACACACCCUGAGAAUCCAGAGAAGGCUGAAAAUGAGCAGAACAAGAACAAUGAUGCAAACAAAGAAGUGACCAGCAACAUUGAUGCACAAACAUUCACCUUCAGGGAGCUAGCUACUGCCACCAAGAAUUUCAGAAAAGAAUGUUUAAUCGGUGAAGGUGGCUUCGGUAGGGUUUACAAGGGAAAACUCGAAAAAUGUGACAAGGCUGUGGCAGUGAAGCAACUAGAUAGAAACGGGCUGCAAGGGAACAGAGAGUUCAUCGUAGAAGUGAUGAUGUUAAGUCUUUUGCAUCACAAGCAUCUUGUGAAUCUCAUUGGGUAUUGUGCUGAUGGAGAUCAGAGACUUCUUGUCUAUGAGUACAUGUCUCGUGGCUCACUCGAAGAUCAUCUCCUCGAGCUAACACCAGACCAAGAACCGUUGGAUUGGGACACAAGAAUGAGAAUUGCCCUAGGAGCAGCGAUGGGUCUUGAAUACUUGCAUGACAAGGCAAAUCCUCCGGUGAUCUACAGAGAUCUCAAGGCAGCAAAUAUCCUUUUGGACAGUGACUUCAACGCCAAGUUAUCUGAUUUUGGGCUAGCAAAGGUAGGUCCUACCGGGGACAAACAGCAUGUGUCCUCCAGAGUUAUGGGAACUUACGGGUACUGUGCUCCAGAGUAUCAGAGAACCGGUCAGUUAACUAUUAAAUCUGAUGUUUAUAGCUUCGGAGUUGUGUUGUUGGAACUGAUAACUGGAAGAAGAGUUAUCGAUACGACAAGAGCCAAAGAUGAACAUAAUCUAGUGACUUGGGCACAACCAAUGUUCAAAGAACCGGGCAGGUUCCAUGAGUUAGCGGAUCCAAGUCUGGAAGGAGUGUUCCCAGAGAAAGCACUUAACCAGGCCGUGGCCGUGGCUGCGAUGUGUUUACAGGAAGAGGGAACGGUACGGCCACUCAUAAGCGACGUCGUGACCGCUCUAGGUUUCUUGGGAACAGCUCCCGAUGGAUCUAUCUCUGUUCCACGCUACGACGACAUUCCUUCUCCUCCUCAGCCAUCGGGUGAAACGUCCGGUGAUGAUUCUGCAGCGGCUGAGGAACGGGAAAGAGCCGUGGCAGAGGCAAUGGAAUGGGGAGUUGCUUCGAGAGCUCAUUCACGGAACCCAAGUGCAGCCCAGUCAUUAAACCCAAGUGCAGCACCUUCCUUAAACCCAAGUGCAUCACACUCCAGGAACCCAAGUGCUUCUUGAUUUUUAUAUUUACAUCUCUUUGUCUCCUUGAUAUUUUUGAUUCAUAUUAGAGAAUAGUGAUAGACGUUUUUUUUUUUUGUGUAAAUGUAUAUAAUGGUGUUACCUUC